UUUUGAAAGAAAUACGUGUCUACAUUAACUUGGGAUUAACGUGUAAUAUCGUGCUCUGUUUCAGUCGAAAAAGAAAGCCGUGUGUGUGUAUGUCUCACAUCAAUAGACACGCAUGUGUGAUAGCGUGCUAAAAGUACGAGCUGAGGUUAUUGGGAAUGCGCGGCGAGCGCGCGCACUUCCCCCACUCACCCGCCCGGCGCUCACAGCAUGGGUGGUCUCCCUCUCUCUCCACUCCCGCGAGCUGUUGCUUAGCAGCUAAUAAUAGGAGAUGUUUGCAAAGUAAUUUGCCUCUUCCUCGGCCAAUGAGAACCAGAGCACUUUUCCAUCAAACCAGCCUUUUCAGGAUCGGCGCAGGGGCCACCUCUCCAAAUGUUACUGCAAGAGGAUCAGAGGCACACACUGCUCGACACUUUGCUCCGCUUUAAAACGCGUUACGGGCCACAGCUGUACGAAUGAAGACCGCAGGAUCUAUACAGAUUGGGGCACAUGAUGUUGGGAUGGGAUCGGAAGACUUUGGCUCAAGGAAAGACUAGAGAAUAUUCCGCGAAGUUGAUCCCGACGGAUGCGCGCGUCCAGUUUAUUGGAUUAUUGUUAUUAUCAGCGACGCAGCGCAACGCACCGCGUUCAUCUUUAACUUUUUUCGGCGCUUCUCCCGUUUCUCACUUGGACUAUGGCCUCGGAUCCAAGAGACCCGGGGGCCGGUGCUGUUUUUGGAGAUUUACCCCCGAGUUACACGCGCACCCCGCCGCCUGUGAACGCAGAUCUCCCCCGGAGACCAAGUUACUGCCACGCCGCUUUCGCACUAAAACAGAUCUCUAAGGGGAAAGCUGUGGGACAGAAAGCACCGCUGUGGAUUCGGGCGAGGUUCCAGGCGUUUCUCUUUUCUCUGGGCUGUCACAUCCAGCGACACUGUGGAAAGGUCCUUUUCAUCGGACUGCUUGUAUUCGGAGCCUUGUCCGUCGGUUUACGAGUGGCUGCCAUCGAAACGGACAUCGAGAAGCUAUGGGUGGAAGCUGGCAGUCGAGUAAGCAAGGAACUGCGAUACACGAAGGAAAAGCAGGGAGAAGAGGCAGUGUUCACAUCUCAGAUGCUCAUACAGACACCCAAACAGGAAGGAACCAAUAUUCUUACCCAGGAGGCUUUGUUGCUUCAUCUAGAGGCUGCUCUGUCAGCCAGCAAAGUCCAGGUGUCUCUUUAUGGAAAAUCUUGGGAUCUUAAUAAAAUUUGCUUCAAAUCUGGAGUCCCGAUUAUAGAAAAUGUCAUGAUUGAAAGGAUGAUUGACAAGCUUUUUCCCUGUAUGAUUGUGACUCCAUUGGAUUGCUUUUGGGAAGGCUCCAAGUUGCAGGGAGGCUCUGCCUACUUACCGGGCAUGCCUGACAUUCAGUGGAUGAAUUUGGACCCUAUCAAACUAAUGGAGGAGUUGAGCCAGUUUACGUCUCUUGAAGGCUUCAGAGAGAUGUUAGAUAAGGCUCAGGUGGGCCACGCCUACAUGAACCGCCCGUGCUUGGAUCCCAAUGACACAGACUGUCCUCAAAGUGCCCCUAAUAAGGAUCCACAGCAGGUCCCUGACAUUGCUGCAGAACUUCAGGGUGGUUGCCAUGGUUUCUCCAAGAAGUUCAUGCACUGGCAGGAGGAGUUGAUCCUGGGCGAAAGAGUAAAGGACUCCCAGAAUGCUUUGCAGAGUGCGGAGGCUCUUCAGAGCAUGUUCCUCCUCAUGAGUCCCAAACAGCUCUACGAGCACUUCAAAGAUGACUACGAGAUCCAUGAUAUAAACUGGAAUGAGGACAAGGCCACUGCUAUCUUGGAGUCCUGGCAGCGAAAGUUUGUUGAGGUUGUCCAUGGGAGCAUUCCUCAGAACGCUUCCUCCAAUGUUUACGCCUUCUCCACCACCACUCUCAAUGACAUCAUGAAGUCUUUCUCCGACGUCAGUGUGCUCAGGGUGGCAGGUGGUUAUCUGCUCAUGCUGGCAUAUGCAUGUGUCACCAUGCUGCGCUGGGACUGCGCUAAGUCCCAGGGUGCUGUGGGGCUGGCAGGAGUGCUGUUGGUCGCUUUGUCAGUGGCUGCAGGACUUGGAUUGUGCUCACUGCUGGGGCUUUCCUUUAAUGCUGCCACCACGCAGGUGCUUCCAUUUCUGGCCCUGGGCAUUGGAGUCGAUGACAUGUUCUUGCUGGCUCAUUCCUUUACUGAGACCAGGUCCAAUAUCCCAUUUAAGGAAAGAACGGGUGACUGUCUGAGAAGAACUGGCACCAGCGUGGCUCUGACCUCUAUCAAUAACAUGAUUGCGUUCUUCAUGGCUGCCCUAGUGCCUAUUCCUGCUCUCCGGGCCUUCUCACUUCAGGCUGCUAUUGUGGUGGUCUUUAACUUUGCCAUGGUUCUUCUGAUCUUCCCUGCCAUUCUGAGCUUGGACCUGCACAGGCGAGAGGACAAAAGACUGGAUAUACUCUGCUGUUUCUACAGUCCCUGCUCAUCUCGAGUAAUCCAGAUUCAACCUCAGGAGUUCUCAGAUGCCAACGACAACCACCAACAUGCCUCGGCUACCCCUACCUACACUAAUUCCACUAUUACUACCAGCACCCACAUCAACGACUGUCAGGCCUUCACUCAGUGUGAUGCAGCUGGCCAACAUAUUGUCACAAUACUGCCUCCCACUUCCCAAAUUUCCACCACCCAUCCAUCAGUGGUUCUCUCCACCCCCACUCCCACCACAGAUCCUUAUGGUUCCCAGUUGUUCACCACCUCCAGCUCCACCCGAGACCUUCUAGCCCAGGUGGAGGAGCCAAAGGAGGGCCGUGAGUGCGUUCCUCUGCCCUUUUUUCGCUGGAAUCUGUCAAGGUUUGCACGGGAAAAGUAUGCACCUCUGUUGCUCAAGCCUGAAACGAAGACUGUGGUGGUUGUCGUCUUUGUUGCUCUUCUCGGCCUCAGUCUGUAUGGUACAACAAUGGUUCAUGAUGGACUCUACUUGACUGACAUUGUCCCUAGAGACACCAAGGAGUAUGACUUCAUCACGGCCCAGUUUAAAUAUUUUUCCUUCUAUAACAUGUAUCUGGUUACCAUGGAUGGCUUUGACUAUGCCCGUUCGCAAAGACAGCUUCUACAGCUUCACAAUGCCUUUAACUCUGUGAAAUGUGUGGUUAAGGACAGCAAUCACAAACUUCCCAGAAUGUGGCUCCAUUACUUCCAGGAUUGGCUCAAAGGUUUGCAAGCUACGUUUGAUGCCGAUUGGGAGACUGGCAGGAUCACCUAUGACAGCUAUCGUAACGGCACUGAGGAUGGAGCGCUUGCGUACAAGCUUCUCAUACAGACAGGCUCAAAAAAAGAGCCUUUCAACUACAGCCAGCUCACAUCCCGUCGUCUGGUGGAUGAGGAUGGUCUUAUUCCCCCUGAGGUAUUCUACAUCUACCUGACAGUAUGGGUCAGUAAUGACCCACUAGGGUAUGCAGCCUCUCAGGCCAACUUCUACCCUCAUCCUCGCGAGUGGAUUCACGAUAAAUACGACACCACUGGGGAGAACCUUCGCAUCCCUGCAGCGGAGCCUCUAGAAUUUGCCCAGUUUCCUUUCUACCUGAACGGCCUCAGACAAGCCUCGGACUUCAUUGAGGCCAUUGAAAGUGUGCGAUCUAUUUGUGAAGAGUUCAUGCGUCAGGGAAUUCAGAACUAUCCCAACGGCUACCCCUUCCUGUUCUGGGAACAGUACAUUGGUCUACGCCACUGGUUUUUGCUGUCCAUCAGCGUUGUCCUGGCAUGCACCUUCCUGGUGUGCGCCAUCCUCCUGCUCAACCCAUGGACCGCAGGCGUUAUUGUUUUUAUUUUGGCCAUGAUGACAGUGGAACUUUUCGGCAUCAUGGGACUGAUUGGUAUCAAACUGAGCGCCAUUCCCGUAGUCAUCCUCAUAGCCUCUGUUGGAAUUGGAGUGGAGUUUACUGUGCAUAUUGCAUUGGGUUUCCUGACUGCCAUCGGGGACAGAAACACACGUUCAGCUGUGGCAAUGGAGCAUAUGUUUGCGCCUGUGAUUGACGGUGCCAUCUCCACACUGUUGGGAGUGCUUAUGCUUGCCGGCUCGGAAUUUGACUUCAUCAUGAGGUACUUCUUUGCAGUUCUGGCCAUACUAACAUUAUUGGGGAUUCUGAAUGGUUUGGUGCUACUUCCAGUAUUGCUGUCACUCAUGGGCCCUCCGCCCGAGGUCGUGCCCGCCAACAACAGCAAUCAAUUGCAAAGUCCCUCCCCUGAGCCCAUGCCUCCACCUAUGAACCACCACGGGUACUAUUCCGGGCACAUCCCAAAGGGACCACGUCAGGCGUUCUCCGAGACCUCAGAUUCCGAGUACUAUUCUGAAACCACAGCUACUUCUGGCAUUGGCGAGGAGGAAUACAAGUACUGUGAUAGAAGCACAUACAUCACACCACCAGCUCACCCUCCCACCUCCCAUAUUCUACUGGAAGCCAGCGAAAAUCCCAGCUUCCCUAAACUAACAGUAAGUUUCUCUUCUUGAGAUUAAGGGAACAUU